AUGGAUGCAUGGGGACUCAAGAAAAAAGCUACAAAACGUGAAGCCCAGAAAGACGCCGGCCACACUCAACCGCAAUGGGACAGGUUCUACUACAUCACCAAAAUCGAGAUUGAUGCACUAGUAAAAGACAAUCCAGGGAUCAAAUGGUCUGAAGUGAAAGCCAAUGAUGUCGAAGAGAUGUACGGGCGUGUUAAUGCUCAACUGAAAGCCGAGGAUAUUCCCGAGGUGCGAUACGACGUUUUUCGUUGGCGCAUGGCGCGCGCAAUCCAAAACCAGCGGGAAAAGGGUGGGUGCAGUGGCAUGCCAAAAGGCUCAACAGCUGCCGAGGCGGCAGCCGCUGGCCCCAACCAGGAUGCUGAGCAGGAGUGA